CCACAUACCAAACUAAAGGGAAGACCCCAGAAUCUCUCUCAUUCUUUUAUAUUCUCACUCGGUCUCUUCUGAAAUAUUUUAAGGAACUGUCCUGCUCUCUUCCUUUGCUUUCAUAUGAAGACGCUUAUGGAUUCCUCCUCCUCCAGAAGACACUUCCACUGGACCCAGAAGGUGGGAAGUGAAGAAGAAGAUGACCAAUACCCACUUCCAACCCUCAAACCUACCUCCGUGGCCGCCGAGCUGGAAGAGAUGAAGAAGAAAAACAGAGUCGUCUCUCCAGAGCCGCAGCCACCGCAUCCCGCAGCCCAAGUACAAAGAAGGAAGAUGCCGGCCGUUGCAGUUGCUCGGUUGCGUUCGGUUCUCACAGUUUUUGCCAAAAAUCGGUCUACCCUUUCACCGGGUCUGGGUUCUCGGGUCGUCGGAACCCUUUUCGGAUCUCGGCGUGGGCAUGUGCACUUUGCAUUCCAAAGAGACCCCAGCUCCGAACCUGCCUUCUUGGUAGAGCUUGCGACGCCUAUUAGUGGCUUGGUAAAAGAAAUGGCGUCUGGAUUAGUCCGAAUUGCAUUGGAAUGUGAUAAAGAGAAAGAAGGGGGGAAAAAAGCUGUGAGACUUCUAGAAGAGCCGCUGUGGAGGACAUUUUGCAAUGGGAAGAAGAGCGGUUUUGCUACGAGGAAGGAUUGUGGGGCUAAGGAGAUGAAAAUCCUCAAGGCUGUGGAGCCAAUUUCGAUGGGUGCUGGUGUUCUGCCAGGAAACUAUGAAGCUGAAACCGAAUCGGCUGGAGCUGAGUCGCCUGAAUCUGAAACCGGUUCUGAUAAUGAGAUCAUGUACAUGAGAGCCAAAUUUGAGAGAAUUGUGGGUUCUAGAGAUUCUGAAGCUUUCUACAUGAUGAACCCAGAUAGCAAUGGAACUCCCGAACUCAGUAUCUAUCUGCUUAGAGUCUAAUUAAGCUGCAGCCAUGAAAUCUCUGGGUCUUGCUCAUUUCAAAAGAGUUUAGUCAAGCCUUGAUGGCUCCAUAACCUUACUUUUGUUUUAAUUUCCUUUCCUUUCUGAUCUUUUGGGAAAAUGGUUAGUGGGUUAUUGUAUUUUGUUAGAGUAGGU